AUGAAUUCGAACAUUGAAGUGAGUCCGUUGCAUCGCUCGGAGCGGACCGUUCCGAAUUCAGGAGUCCGUCAUGUCUUCGAGGGCACGAUCCACUCUAACUGCUGACAAAUCAGAGAAAAUGUCAAAGGAGAAGACAAACGAGCCAUUUCUUCUGGCAAAACCGAACAAGAACAACAACAUCAAAGCGGCGGAAGAGAAGGACGCCCAAGUGAUGUCUCCGAAGAAGUUGGGAGUGAUGCCGCGACUGAAAAGACUGGAAAUGGACACGAUUCCCCUGAUGCCAAUCGAUGAGAAGUUCCGGAAGAGGUGGCACGUGGAGGGAAUAAUUGGGAAGGGUGGAUACGGAGAGAUUUAUCUGGCGAUCGACAUGAAAAGGGCCGAGGAAGUGGCGAUCAAGGUGGAGCCGAAAGUACGGAAGGGGAAAGUGGCGAGACGGAUGGUUCUGGAGCAGGAGGUGCUCGUCAAGAUGCAGGGAAAACCGCACGUGCCCAUCUUUUUCGCGUCCGGCACACUGACAAAUUUAAUUUCAUCAGUAGGCUGGCAGAGCGUUCUUUGAGAAUAAACGUGUGUUUCAGUCCUUCAACUACUGA